GAUCACCAAAGCCGAGACAGUGUUUUAUCUUGACUGCCUCCUUCAUCUAACAUCAAAACCACGACAGUAUAAAUAUGAGUGCCUCCAAACUCCAGAUAAGCAGUGAGGUGAGAAUUGGACAUACUCUGAAUAAACAUGAGGAAGACUUUGUAAGAAAAAGAAAACAAACUGUUCAACAAUGUCUGAAGAAGUUCGGGAUAGACUGCCCUCUGGAUGGUUUGCCAAAAAUUGCACUACUGGGUUCUGGAGGAGGAGAACGAGCCAUGCUGGGUUUACUGGGAUCUCUGGUUGAACUCGACAAAAUAGGUCUACUGGACUGCAUCCUUUAUCUGAGUGGAAUCUCUGGAUCAACCUGGUGCAUGACGUCUUUAUAUGAGGAGUCAAAUUGGUCCACUAACCUGGAUUCAGUGAAACAGAAGAUCAUUCAGAGACUCAAAGGUCCUGCUGUAACCUGGGGUGAUGCGAUUUCCAAACUGAAGAAAUAUUAUUAUGAGAAAGAUAUCUUCAGUUUAACAGAUCUUUGGGCAGUGAUGAUCGUCACUUCAUCUUUGAACCUUAUAAAUGAACACAAAGUUUCAGAGCAGCAGGUUGGACAUGACAAAGAUCCGCUUCCCAUCUAUACAGUUACUGACAAGGGAUUCAAACAGCACCAUGAUGGAGAUCCCUGGUUUGAGAUCAGCCCACAUGAAGCAGGUUAUUCUCUUACUGGAGCGUUUGUGGACGUCUCUAAAUUUGGCUGUCAGUUUCAGGAUGGCUGUGACUCUAAGAUCCAGCCUGAAAAGGACAUGCUUUACCUGCAAGCUCUGUGUGGCAGUUGUAUCGCUGAUGAAGAAUACCUAUGGGAAAAAAUAAGAGAAUUAUUUGAACAUUUAUUUAAAGAGUUUUUUGGGGAAAGGUGCGAAGAUAAAACUCCACCUAUAGAGAUUGUUUACCAAGUGCUCAUGGAUGUGGUGGAAAUGAAUCUCUUAGUGUUGAAAGGCGAAGAUCCUUCUCAUCUCAAUGAUGAGAUCAGAGCAAAGCUAAAAGAACUCACUGAAGACACAUGUCAGCUGGUGUUUCAGAUAGAAACGGGCGAUGUUAAACAACAAAUGAUGCAGUACAGUCUGGAUGUGUGUGAUUAUUUGAGGAACUGGUUCAGUAUCUGGCCGUUUGAUGUUUGUUGUAGUAUUAUUAAGUGCAUGGCUCAGUGGAUCUGGGGCAGAACGUACAACUUUCUCUACAACAUGAAAGAUGAUGGAGUGCCAUCCGUUCUUCAGGACAGUGAGACGAGAGACUUUGAAGACGCCGGUAUGUUGCUCAACUCACCCUACAUGUCAGUGCUGAGAGAGAAGAGAGACGUUGACCUCAUCAUUUCCCUGGAUUUCAGUGAAGGAGAUCCUUUCUUGACAGUAAAGACAGCUGCUGAAAUGUGCAGGGAACUAAAAAUCCCUUUUCCUGAAGUUGAUAUACUGCCUGUGGAAUACCCAAAGGACUUUUAUGUGUUUAAAGGCCAUGAUAAAGUACCGACCGUGAUCCACAUCCCUCUCUUCAACACGGUCAACUGCGGAGAUGACAUUAAGGAGUGGAGAAAGAGAUAUCACACAAUUCAAUUUCCCUACAGUGAUGAUAUGAUUGAUCCUCUUCUGGAUGUCGCUGGAAAAAACAUCACAAACAACAAAGAGAAACUGCUGGAUGAGAUUCGAGCUUGCAUUAAAAAGAAAUAUUUUUCUAAAUAAAUAAUAGCAAAUCAGCUUGUAACAAUAGCAGAACCCCUUUUGGUGCUAAACAGAGGCCUUUAUACCUUGCCUUAAAAGAUCCUAAUCUUAAAACCUAUAUAUCUGUGUAUCUCAUAUAAGAUGUCAUACAAUAAUAAAUGUGUGUAUUAAAAUCACAUUCUGACAAAUUA